GACCCAUACACUGCUGGCAUCAGCACUUUGCCACAUGGUCUCAAAUAAAGCCCCUGGAGGUCUGUUCUCUCCGCUUUCUCUGUCUGUGAGUUGGCUGUGUAUUGCUGUGCUGCUCGUCUUGGAUAAUUCGUUUAUACUCCACCUGCUGUGAUGCUUUGAACUUAAAAAAAUAGUUAUGGCCGAUAAGAGCAACUUGAAUCUCUACUGCCAAAAGAAGCACAUCUCCACACCAGUAUACCAGCAUAAGCAACUCCGCGAUGGUUUCUCGUGCACUGUGGACAUUGAGGACACACAGUACACCUCUCUCUCCUCUCACUCCACUAAGAAGGAGGCUGAGAAAGACGCAGCAGGUGUGGCCUCACAAGCCAUCCUUCUCCACCACCACCACCAUCAUGCUAAAUCAUUCAGUGAUGUAUUAAAACUUUUAGACGGUAUCAGUAUUUCAGAAUCACUAAAGAGACAAACUGUUCAACAAACCGUUCAACAAAAUGCCGUUCAACAAACCGUUCAACAAAAUAUCGUUCAACAAAAUAUCGUUCAACAAAAUGCCGUUCAACGAAAUACCGUUCAACAAAAUGUCGUUCAACAAAAUACCGUUCCACAGAAUACCGCUCAACAAAAUACAAACUUUACGAGAGUCACGACGUCCUGUGCUACAUCUCCUCUGCCAGUAAGAGGACGUGUAAUAGAUCAUGUAUACUAUCCACCACAAAGCACGGCAACUGUUAGACCACCCCCUGGAUUUGAAAUGAGAAGACCCCCCACCACAGUUCACCCCCUACAAAGUCCUUUGAUUAGACCAGCCAUUCCUGUCAGUGUUGACGGGCCGAAUAUUGAUCGUCCGUCACCUAACAAAGUGUCGGGUACUCUCCCUGUGAACUUACGAGCGUCACAAAAAUCCGUAUCCAGUAGUGGACCGCCGCCCCUUGUGUCCCCAAAUCCGAUGCUAGGGGGUCAAGUGAUGAAGUCAGAUAAAGAUAUAAAAGAUUUGGACCUGUAUUGUCAAGUCAGCAGUCUACCUCCACCGAUAUACACCAUUUCCAAGGAGAAGGGGAAACAUGUCGGGCGUGUACGAGUGGGCGGAAUGGAGUUUGGUCGACUAUGGGGAUAUGAUUCAUUCGAUGAUGCCAAGGACAGUGCAGCCGUUGUUGCUAUAGCGGGGAUAGCUAUGGUACAACUGAAAUUAUUGACUCAGCAAGGUGGUGCUGUGUCUACAGGAGCUCCACUAGCAUUGACCGCUGUUAGACUGCCUGUUAGUGCUGUCAAUCCACAUCACUCGACAUCACCUCACCCCUCACACCCUGCGGCUGCUCAGUUACAACAGGUCAACACACAGCCCACACAAGACCUUCAAACUCCCUCGUACUUUCAACAACCGAUAGCUCGCGGCCCUACACAAUCUACAACAUCACAGCAAGUCAACCCUCAGUUAACUGGCCUCCCUAACACUCUUCAUUCGAGCAACCUUUCUCAUUUGAGCAACCUUCCUCCGUUAAGCAGCCUCCCUAAUACUCCUCAGUUGAACAGGCUCCCUCCAACGGUGCUCACUCAACCACCAGCUAUGACUACCGACUAUAAGAGUCUACUCAACACCUUCUGUCAGCAGCACCAUUAUGCACCGCCUGUGUACGAGUGUAGCUCUCCUAGUGACACCACAGGUUAUAUCUCUAUGGUGAUGGUGAACGAACACACAUACCAAUCGAGUACUCAUGGAACUAAGAAAGCUGCUGACACGGAAGCUGCUAGGAUUGCCACCGAGACACUGGGUGUGGUCUCAGCUCAGGUGGUGGGGUCAACUCCACCCACUGUGAGUACAACCUCAACUGCUCCUCCUUCUAGCGCAUCAUACAUCUCUUACAAGAACCUCCUCCAAGAGAAGGCCCAGAAGGAGAAGUUGUCCCACCCGAAGUAUUCGACUGAGAGGUCUGAAAGUGGUUUCGUUUGCACGGUGACUGUGUAUGUAUCCAAUGGCCCGUCAUUUCAAUUGCCCAGUUCUGCUCAUCCGGUCAAAAAAGCAGCCGAACAAGAUGCUGCAAGAAAGGCUUGCGAAAAAUUGAAUAUGAUCUGAACUGUAUAAUAAAUAUAAGACAAUGAGCCCAACACUUAGUUUAAUUUUUGUAUUCGUUUCUCAUUGAUAUUAAAUUAAUGAUUUUCUACAAGA